AUGGCUGCCACUCUAGGGAGCCAAUUUGAAGACCAUGGCCUCAGCAGGCAAGAUGAAGUACCAGGAAGCUCAUGUGACCAGGGAGGUGACAGGCCCUUGGUCCAAGAUGCACUACGGUUGAAGAAGAAUGAGCUGGUACGAUUCCUGCUUAGCAGUUAUCUCACCAAGGAGCCACUCACAAAGGCAGAAGUGCUGAAUAGUGUCCUCCAAGAUUACCAGGACUUCCUGCUGGUCCUCGAUCAAGCCUCAGAGUACCUGCAGCUGGUCUUUGGUUUGGAGGUGAAGGAGGUGGACCCCAGUGAGCACACCUAUAUCCUGGUCCCCACCCUGGGCCUCACCCUCAAAGAGAUGCUGAGGGAUGGACAGAGGUUGCCCAAGGCCGGCCUCCUGGUGAUGGUCCUUUGCCUGAUCACUGUGGAGGACAACUGUGCCCCUGCAGAGGAAAUCUGGGGAGCACUCAGCAGGAUAGGAGUGUGUCCCGGGAGGGAGCACUGCAUCUAUGGGGAGCCCAGGGAGCUGCUGACCCAAGUUUGGGUGCAGGAGGUGUACCUGGAGUACCAGCAGGUGUCUGACAGUGACCCUGCUCGCUAUGUGUUUCUGUGGGGUCCCCGGGCCUAUGCGGAGACCAGCAAGUUUAAAGUCCUGGUGUUUCUGGACAGAGUCGGUUGA